UUUCUUCUCCUUUCCUUCUUUCUGUAAUUUUAGCACAGUGUUGGCAUUUUAUUUAUUUAUUGGUAUAUUUUGCGAAAUAGGUUUGAAAAUAUAAUUUUGACUGUGAAAAUAUCGAAUUUAGAAUGAUACACAGCUUAUUUAUUGUAAACAACAGCGGGGAUGUAUUCCUUGAAAAGCAUUGGCGCUCCGUCGUUUCGCGUUCAGUUUGUGACUACUUCCUGGAUGCUCAACGUAAUGCCCCAUUAGAUGUUCCUCCAGUAAUCGCAACACCUCACUACUACCUGAUCACAGUACAACGCAAUGGCAUAUCGUUGGUAGCUGCCUGCAAGCAAGAAGUGCCACCCCUUUUCGUUAUUGAAUUCCUACAUCGAGUGAUGGAUACAUUCCAAGAUUAUUUUGGUGACUGCUCAGAAUCUGUUAUCAAAGAAAAUUAUGUUGUCGUUUAUGAGCUACUCGAUGAGAUGUUGGAUAAUGGCUUUCCGCUUGCAACCGAAAGUAACAUUCUUAAAGAACUUAUUAAGCCGCCAAAUAUAUUGCGUACUAUUGCCAACACCGUUACAGGGAAAAGCAACGUCAGCACAAUCCUACCCUCUGGUCAGUUAUCAGCUAUACCGUGGCGUCGCAGUGGUGUGCGUUAUAACAAUAACGAAGCUUACUUCGAUGUCAUCGAAGAAGUCGACGCCAUUAUUGAUAAAUCUGGUUCAACAGUGUUUGCCGAAAUACAAGGCUAUAUCGACUGUUGUUGCAAACUAUCAGGCAUGCCAGAUCUAACGCUUUCCUUUAUGAAUCCACGACUCUUCGAUGAUGUUUCAUUCCACCCAUGCGUACGCUUCAAACGUUGGGAAGCAGAGCGCUUACUGUCAUUCAUUCCACCAGAUGGCAAUUUCCGUCUGAUGUCCUAUCACAUUAGUUCGCAAUCUGUAGUGGCUAUUCCAAUUUAUAUAAGACACAAUUUUUCUAUAAAAACCGGUGAACAGGGCCGUUUGGAUUUAACUGUCGGUCCACGUACCACUCUUGGCCGUACCGUCGAUAAAGUCAAGCUGGAAAUAACAAUGCCGAAAUGUGUUUUGAACUGCAUUUUAACGCCUAAUCAAGGCAAAUACACAUUUGACUCAGUCACUAAGACAUUAUCUUGGGAUGUUGGGCGCAUUGAUGUUUCCAAAUUGCCAAAUAUUAGGGGCGCCGUAUCUAUAACGCCCGGCAGCACAAAUAUCGAUGCCAAUCCCUCCAUUAACGUGCAAUUUACAAUCUCACAAUUGGCUGUUUCUGGACUAAAAGUCAAUCGUCUUGAUAUGUAUGGUGAAAAAUAUAAGCCAUUCAAAGGUGUCAAGUAUAUUACAAAGGCGGGCAAAUUUCAAGUUCGCAUGUGAAACAGUUCGUCAUUGGUUGAAUAACGCCUUUAUUAAUUUAGUCUUAAAGACGCUGUACUGCAAUUUAUUAAUGUAAUCUUAGUAGCAUAUUUUUGCAUUUCAGUUUAUUUUAAAAAUAUAUUUAUGCUAAUUAA